ACCUGUAACAUUAAGGACUUUCCUCAUUCAAGAGCAGAUAGCAAAGAAACAUUUUGUUCUGUUGUUUUGUAAAGGCGUUUUGUCUCUGUCACGGCAGAAUUCAUUCAUUCUGGUUUUUACUGUUUGAGGUUUUGAUUCAGCCUUAAUUCUCUUAAUCGUGGCUAUUCAGUCGCAAUAACUUUUUGGAACUUAAUACUGAGGACUACUGCACACGUUUUUGUGCUUUUUUCGUUGGAUUUACCGUGAUUUUGUUGUCCAAACGAAUUGCAUUUGUUUUGUCAUGAGUGAUCCACUUUCCCAAAGACGAGGUUCCAUCCAGGAUCUGCUAGCGGCCUUAAAUGACACUAGUCGUCUGUGUCUAUGCUUUGUUGGACUUCCAGCACGGAGGAAAACGUUCACAGCCAAAAAGCUUUCUCGUUACCUCAACUGGAUUUCCGUAAAAACACAGCUUUUCGAAGACAACUUUGGUGAGGACGAGAAAGACAAUAAUUGGCAUUCACACCGCAUUCGACGGUGGAGAGAGGCAUUGCAGCCGGUGGGAGAUUUUUUCGAGAACGGAGGUGCAGUUGCUAUUCUCGACUUUGGUGAGUGUUCAAAAGCGUUCCGGCAAAUGGUGCAGUUCUUCUGCAAGCAUCAACAAUCUGAUGUUAUGUUUAUUGAGAGUGUUAUUCAUGACCGCUCAAUUCUUGAAGAAAGCAUAGCCGACAUCUGUCAAAACUGCCCUACCUAUACCCACCAACCGUUUGAUGAGGCUCGUGAACGCUUCCUGCAAUACAUUGCUCAAAAGGAACGCGGCUACGAAGGACUUUCGGAAGAUGAAGGAUGUUCCUAUUUAAAGAUCAUUGAUGUGGGAAGACAAACCGUUAUUCACAAGGUGUCCAACUAUCUGCAGUCUAAAAUUGUUUACUACCUUUCAAACUUGCGGGUACGAAAACGCAGUAUCUGGCUUAGCCGGCACGGUGAAAGCGAGUUCAACGUUGCCGGCCGCAUUGGCGGGAAUUCCAACCUUAGUUCGCGCGGUCAUCGUUACGCGAAACUGCUUCCAGACUUCGUUGCCAAGUGUGUGAAUGAGAGCGAUGAGUUAAUUGUAUGGACAUCCUCCAUGAAAAGAACCAUUCAAACAGCUCAGCAUAUUCACUACAACAAACUUGAGUGGAAGGCCCUCGACGAACUGAACGCAGGUGUGUGCGAUGGCUAUACAUACGAGUAUGUGGAGGAUGCGUUUCCCGAUGAAGCAGCAGCUCGCAACAACGACAAGUUCCAUUACCGUUACCGGGGCGGAGAAUCAUACAUGGACGUGGUCAACCGUCUCGAACCCAUCAUCAUGGAGCUGGAGCGACAAGGGAAUGUGAUGAUUGUGUGUCACCAGGCCAUACUUCGUUGUAUCUACGGCUAUUACCAUAAUUUUUCCCUCGAGGAUAUACCCUUUAUCGACAUGCCUCUCCAUACCAUCAUCAAACUAACGCCCACAGCACACAACACACUUGAAGAACGCAUUGUCGUUCCCGUGCCCGCUGUUUCUACUCAGCGACCGCGAGUGUAAGACGGCCGGACACUGGAUGUUAUAGAUAUGAAGACGAAAAACUAAUUUGUCCGGCGUCAGGUGCACUUGCGACGACAAUAGGGUAGAAACAGGAACCGACGGUGAUCGUGAUCGUGAUGUCGAAAUUAAUCAGCAACAAAAAUGCUACAUAACACCUUCACCGCAGCACCCUUUCAUAUCACAAUAAACGCUGUAACGCUCUAACGCUCUAACGCCGUAGUAACACUAUGUUUGUGCUCUCUUUCUCUCUUUUUUCUCUCUCUCUCAGAUAGUGCUCUCACCUUUUUCUCCCUCGUCCUCUCUAUCCCCCUUCUCUUUUGAAUGCAACCAUGUUAUGAACUAUAAGAGUGAGAAAGCCAUGUAGUGCGUGACUUGGCACAGGAACAGAAAAGACGAACAACUGGGACGACAGUACGAAAGGGAAUGAACUCGGAUUGGCCAAAGACGAGCAAUGUCGACAAAAGUAGCUAGCGAUAGUACUGCCGGCUCGGCAAUGGCAGGAAAAUAGGGAUUGCUCGCUGUACUUGAGAAAGCGAAACAAGGUCGGAUAAGUGUGUUUGUUUGUGUG